UUCAACUGCGUCACCAGGCUGCCUCCAAACAGGAAGUGAGUGCUUCGUACGCGCGGAGCUUCGAGUCUGGUCCUCGAUUUAAACUCGAUUAAACUUCAUCGAUCAUGUGGUUUCGGUCCCCGCUGGUUUUGCUGGCGCUCUGGGUCCUGGUCUCUGCCGCUCCGCACUGUGACUGGGAGCAGCCCGGGGAUCCGGGGCUCCCGGACAACUGCCGGGCCGCCUGCUGCUCAGACCCGGACUGUGACCUGGUCCUGGUCCGGAACGGAACCGACGUCUGCGAGACAGUGAAAUGCGGGAGCCGGGACCGGAGCCAGGAGCCGGACCCGGAGCGGGAGGAGUGCGUGUCUCGGCACCGGGAGCAGGGCGCCGUGUACCGGAGGAAGCCGCAGCGGAAGGUCGAGUCUGAGGCCGAGGAGGGCGGGGAGAGAGCACGGGACGAGCCGCUGGACCCGGAGUCCCCCAACAUCCGUUGCCGUCUCCCGGUGAAGGUGGGACACUGCCGUGCGUCCCUCCCGAGGUUUUUCUACAACGUGACGUCCAGCAGCUGCAGGAGCUUCAUCUACGGAGGCUGCAGCGCCAACGGCAACAACUUCAAGACCAGGGACAAGUGUGAGGACACCUGCAGGGGAGUCACAGGUAACAGAGACAGAGACACCUGCAGGGGGGUUCCCCCACAUCAAUCACAAUCCCCCACUCUUGCCACCUGUUACACACAGCUGCAGUCUGGGCCUACUGUUACCGUGGAAAUAACCAUCAAUCAACUCAGAACUGAUUAGAUUAAUCAAUCAGCAGAAGGGAAGAGACACAGGACAAACAGAGGGACAGGGACAUAGUGAGGAGGAAGGAGACUGCAGGGAUAGGGACUCAGUGAGGAGUACAGAGGGACACAGACAUAGUGAUGAGGACAGAGGGACAGGGACAUGGUAAGGAGGACAGAGACAGAGGGAUAGACAGGGGGUGUAAAUCAGUGUGUCUCAGGUGAGUGUUUGUGUUCAAAGGUUUGUUUGUCUUCAGGAUCAGAGCUGAGAGGACAGACCGGUCCAACCUGAGACACACAAGGACACACCUGAAACACACACACACACACACACACACACACACACACACACACACACACACACACACACACACACACACACAGGUGCAUGAUGGGAGCAGCAGACACACACAAAGACAAACUGUGUCCACAUUUAACCCCUGAGACGCUGCGCUCUCAUGGGAACACUCUUUAGUUUUCUGCACCUUGAACUUCACUGAGCUGGACUAAGACCUGCUGUCCUCUUUUAGGGACACUUUUUUUUUUAAAUUGUAUGUUUAUUUGGAAUGAGCAAACAAGCUCAGCGUUACAUUGUUUAGAAAAAACGGAAGCAAGUGGCAUUCCAGUUUUUUUGUUUUAUACCAGAAUAAAAAGAGACAUCCAUCGUCCAGGCAUCAAAGUUCAGAGAAGGAUAAACUCAAAUUGUGGAUCAGGUGUCAGUCCCCUCCAGAAUCCACUCUCCUCAUAUUAAUGUUAUGCGGUAACAUAAAUAAGUGCACUGAGGUAGCACAGGUGGAGACAGUUUUCACUUAAAGCCUGGAUUUACUAAAAGCCCAGGACAGAUAGAGUCCAUAGAUAAGCACAGGUUCGCUUGUAGAAAGUUCUGGCAUGGUUUAAAGCGAGCAAGAACAGUUAGUGUAACAUGUUAAUAUAACAUAACAAUGUACAAAAAACAUGGGGGGGUAUUCCUGCCUCCGCUGCCACAUAAUUAGUCGACAAUAGCCAGUCACAAAAAUAAACUAGGUAAGUUACAGAGCAAUAUUACCAGUGGGGUCAAAUAAUGUCUGCUCUUAUGGGGGUUAUGAAUGAGAUCCAGUUUUUCCAGAUUUGGAAAAAUUUGUCUUUUUGGAGUCUUAUUUGGUAAGUUAAUUUUUCC